AUGGCAGUAGCUGCAAUGAAUGCACUAAGUGGAACCUACAUCAUGAGGGGAUGUGAUCAGCCAUUGGUUGUUCGUUUUGCGGAACCUAAGAAGCCCAAGAUUGGAGAGUCAAGGGAUAAUUGUAAAUUUGGUGCUGACCAAAAAAAUAAUGGUAAAUUUGGUGGUUCGAUCAUUGGUUCCCGUUUUCAAGAACCAGUUUUUAGGCCAGCACCAUAUCUUAAUGAUCCAGUGGCUGGACAUGUGCUGCCCAGUGCUUCUCCUCCACUUAGUCCAAAGACUAUGGCAUCAUCUUUCCAAUCUCCACAGACUGGAGGCAAGCCUCAGACAGUUUCUGGCACUCCCACUGCAUCAGAACUAGUUUUGCCUUCAAGUACCUCUUCUUCCCCUGCAGUGCCUCCAAGUACCCAAACAACAGAUGUAUUGGAUUGUGAUUGGAGUGAACAUACCUGUCCUGAUGGAUACAAGUACUAUUAUAAUUGUGUCACUCUUGAAAGCAGGUGGGAGAAGCCCGAGGAGUAUUUUUUCUUUGAACAACAAUUACAAAAGCAGCAGGAGCAGGAGCAGGAGCAGCAACAUUCUUGUCUAGAGGUUCCUUCCCUGUCAAACCCACAGGUUCUUUCUACCCAAGAAGUUUCUCAAAUGCAAGAGGUGCAGCUUCAGACACAACUCUCGAAUCUGGAAAUCCAACAGCCUUCCUUGCCUACAUUGGUUCAUUCCCUGUCAAACCCACAGGUUCUUUCUACCCCAGAAAUUUCUCAAAUGCAAGAGGCGCAGCUUCAAACACAACACUCGAAUCUGGAAAUACAACAGCUGUUCUUGCCUACAUCGGACACCGGGCAAGAGGUGCAGCUUCAGACACAACUCUCAAAUCUGGAAAUCCAACAGCCUUCCUUGACUACUUCGGAACUUGAACCAGUGAAAGUGCAGGUCGCAACAAGCCCCAACAUUGCUCCGACUUGUGUCUAAGUGGUUUGAUGUGAAAUAGUUUGGAUGAAGCGCUAAAGAUGAUUUGUGGCAACGUAAAGGAGCAUUUAAAGGGGGCUGCAAAAGUUUAAAGGGGAUAUUGCAUUGCUCAAAGUUUAUAUGUGUUUGGCAAUUUUGGGUGGCCCUGUUUUUCUUCUUCUUACGCUUUGACAUCCCUUUUCUAUAAAACCAUUCAAUGAAUAGAUUGUUGUACACAGAAGAGUGUGGAUCGGAAAUAAUUCAAAAAUGGAUAAAAGGAGGUCAGUUCUGUGUAAAAGUU